AUGCCGCCUGGACUGCAACAGCAGCAGCAGCAGCAGCAGCAGCAGCAGCAGCAGCAGCAGCAGCAGCAGCAGCAGCAGCAGCAGCAGCAGCAGCAGCAGCAGCAGCAGCAGCCGCAGUCGUUGCCGACACUUGCACAGCGCGAGGAGCGGCGGGCCCCGCUGGACUGGCACGCCUACCUCAUUCCCGAGCCGCCGGCAGCCGCGGCACUGCUCAGCGCCGAGGAGCGCGCGGCGGAGCGCGCAGACGCGCGGCGUCUCGCGGAGGCCGAAGCGGCGGUGGCGGCGGCGGAGGCGGAAUGCGAGCGGGCGGAGGCGGAUCUGGAGGAGAUCUCGGAGGCGGGGUGGGUGGCGGGUGCAGCGCUGGGCGGGCCGCACUGCAGCAAGCCGCGCCGGGGGGGACGCCCGCUUUUAGGCACCGGCCGCUCUCCCUCAGCAGCCGCCGCGUUCGCGGGCCGGUUUUGGCUCCUUCGGCCCAUCCAGGGCGCUCAAGCGUGCCAACUCCGUGUCCCCGACACACGCGAGCCGCGCGCGCCCUGA